AUGAAAGGGCUUUUUAUACUUGCAGCGCUUAUAGGCGUCUCCAUUGCUGGAUAUCAGGAUGAGCCUAUUCUUCCGAGUGGUGUCACUACCGGGGAACCUUCCUCAGGGGGUUCCGGUGGAGGACCGCCAACGACUCCAUCCACCAACCCUCUACUGGCUGCAGGGUCAGAAGCUGCCCCUCUAGCUUCAGCUCCUCAGUCAGCUCCAGCUAUAGCAGCUGCUAUAGAUGCACGAGAUGGAGCUGGUUUUGCACGACCUGGUAACCCAGCACACGAGACCUGUUUGCUCAGUAAUCCUCCACAAUUUUGUGACCAAAUCCUUUGGUGGGACGAGAAAUCUAGGGAUCAACCAGCCGUAUUAUUGUCACCGCCAGGAUUUGCUGCAUCCAGUCCAUUCGCAGGGUCCCUUCAAGCGGCUGAUAUCACUACGACCCCAACUGACCGAAAUCAGUGCUUGGAUAUUCAAUGUAUUUGUCAAUUUGCCAGAGGUACUUUCUCGAACAAUCGCUGCACUCUACGCAAUGGUCAAGUAUACGGUAAAGCAAUACGAAAGGAGCUUCGGCUGAUGACCGAUACUGAACGUGCAAGGUUCCAACGGGCCAUGUGGGGUAUUCGUCAGGGAGCUUAUAGGGACUUGGGUGUAAUUCACUCGAGCUAUAGCACUUCACCGGGAGCACAUGCUGGACCAGGAUUCUUACCAUGGCAUCGUGAAUUUAUCAAGAGGAUGGAAUUUGCUCUGAGGCAAUACGACCCAACAGUCGCAUUGCCCUAUUGGGACUCCACACUCGACGCGGCUCUGGACGACCCUUUCUCUUCUAUCAUGUGGGGAGAAGAGUUGAUGGGUUCGACGGGAACAUCAAGUAGAACUGGUAAUCUAAGCACCGGCUUGUUUGCAGGUUGGGUUGGAUUCCUGAAUCGCGUCACCAUUCGUGAGUUCGGAGUUUCUCGCAAUUCCAGACCAACACCCCAGUCCAGUCUCACUGCUAUAAACGCCGAGAUAAAUAGUAUCGUCUACGCGUUGGCGUUCUCAGCUGCUACGCCACAAUGUCCAAGAAACAAUAUUCCACCAAGAUCGGCAAUCGAAUUUGUUCACGGUGCCAACCAUAUUUGGAUUGGAGGUGAUAUGUAUGUUACGACACGAGCCACCAAUGAUCCAAUCUUCUUCUUGCAUCACGCUAUGAUUGACAACAUCUGGGAGCAAUGGAGAUUGUCCAGACAGUCGAGGUCACAACGCGAAACCGCUUACCCUACCGAUGAUAUUCGAUGCAGUAGUCAGUCGCAUUUUGCCAGAUCUAUCAUGGUGCCUUUCGCUCCUAUCGUAAAUAUAGAUGGCUGCUCGAACAGUUACACAGAUAACCUCUACCAAUACGACCCCAGACCAACAUGUUCGAGCGCAAGACGCGAUUGCGGAUCAAGGUUCUUGUUCUGUGAUACCAAUACCUUCACUUGUGUGUCAAGAAUCCGUGAAGGUUUUGCUUGCAGCCUAUCUCGCUACAGAGGUGUCGAUCCUUGCUAUGGCGCUUGCGUGAAUGGUAGAUGUCAAGCACCUCCAAGAGCAUCAGGUGCAGCUCCAUCAGAUGGUGGAGCAGGCGGAGCAGGUGGAGCAUUUGGUGGAGAUGAAGUUCCUACUCAAGGGACUCCUCCACUCAGUGGUCCGGAGCAGCCCGUUGAAGUGGAGGAGACCUGCUACAAUCAAAAUCCGUGCUGCGCCACUUGGGCAUCGCAAGGAGGUUGCCAGCGUGAUGCUGCACGAAUGCGGCUUGUUUGCCCUGCUAGUUGUGAAGUCUGCAGACCAACAACCUACACUAUUCAAGACACCUGCACUGAUCGUCACCCUCUCUGUGCCACCUUCAGAAAUGCUGGGCAAUGCACUUCGAAUGCCAACUUCAUGGCAGAGAAUUGUCGACAAACGUGUGGUCUUUGUGCACAGCCUCGUAGUACCGGUUGUUCGGCGUAG